GUUUAAAAUUCUACACUCGGAGUCUAUUUUACUUUUCCCCAACGAUUUCAUCAUUUUUUUCCCUUGUGCACUAAUUGAGUAAAAGAGGGAGAACUUGCCGUGAUGACGUCACCUUAUUAAUGGGAAAAUGCAUAUUUUAUAUUUUGACAAUAUGAGACCCUGAGAGUAACAGAAAAUGGACUGAUGAAUGGUUAAAAAUAUAUAUGUAAUUAAAGAAGUAAAAAAAAUAUAUAUAUAUAUAUGUAUAUAUUUUAGUAGGGACUACCCGCAGACUGGAUUAUGGCAGCUGGCGGGCCAUGUCUGGUAAGAAGGUGUAGUUUGGGUGAAGAAGGUCAGUGUAAUUGAUGAAAGGGUUCAUAAAAUUAAGCAUUAUUCGAACCAUUUAAUUUUUCAAUUUAUUGGAGAAACAAUAACAAUUGGGUGAUCAUAAAAGAAAGCAAAAUCCCCAAAAAUCACAUGCAUGUGAAUGCAAGAUAGUACAUAAAUUGUUGUUGUAAUGUAACUUGAUGGCAUUUAAAAGCAAAUAUGUGCACUCACCUUGAAAGUGAACUUUGCAGGGAGCAAUCCAGCACUUGACCGCUUCACUGCCUGCAGCCCUUUUGUAUACUUGCCCGACCGGAUCUACUUCCCAGUCACUACGAGAAUAUAGUGCGGCUUGUUCAUGUGUUGGCUGUCAUAUCAAUCCGCCGUCACCCACCAUACUAGCUCGCUGGCUGGCUAGCUAGUGUGGUGUUAAACUAUUCUCACUUAAUAUACUCCUUUUUUUUUUAACAAAAAUAACGCCGUCGAUGAAGUUUGUUCAACAACUUUAGCAUACAGACAGUAUGACAGUAGUUGGACAUAUCACCAGUUUGUCAGAGCCUUCAACAACAGCGACCUCUAGUGGCAGAGCAGUGAAAGGCAAGAACAUUCUCUCAGCUAUAUAUCAAUUUACUGGAUAAAAACACUAAAUUACUCUUUUUUUCCGAUGUUAUACUAACCCAUUAUAAGAUUGUGUGAUGAAACAACCAAUUUUAUCAAGGUUUGAUAUGCUCACAGCAUCACUGGUAACACUUUAUGCUGAAUUGUAGUUAGUUGUCUCUGGCAGAUAGUCUGCUGUGCGGGGAGAUGAUCUCAUUUCAUCUAUUUCACUUAACAAUUAUUUUUUGCAAGCCAGUAAUUAUAGUCUGCAAAUGAUGUGUUGUUGAGUGUCAGUGCUGUCUAGAGCUCGGCAGAGUAACCCUGUAAUACUCUUCCAUAUCAGUAGGUGGCAGCAGGUAGCUAAUUGCUUUGUAGAUGUCGAAAAGCUGGAGACAGGGUGCAGGUAAAAAGGUGUCUAAUGCUUAAACCUAAAAUAAACAAAAGGUGAGUGCCCCUAAGAAAAGGCAUUGAAGCUUAGGAAAGGCUAUGCAGAAUUAAAGUAAAACUAAACUGGCUACAAAGUAAACAAAAACAGAAUGCUGGACAACAGCAAAGACUUACUGUGGAGCAAAGAUGGCGUCCACAAUGUACAUCCCAACAUGACAUGGCAACAAUGUCCACACAAAGAAGGAUAGCAACAACUGAAAUAGUCUUGAUUGCUAAAACAAAGUAGGUGCGGGGAAUAGCGCUCAAAGGAAGACAUGAAACUGCUACAGGAAAAUACCAAGAAACACAGGAAAAGCCACCAAAAUAGGAGCCCCUUUUGUUCCUGCAGUAUUCCUUUUGUAUCCUUGGUUCGAGCUGUGCGCUUUGCUUUCCUGGAUUCCCCCUGGAAUUGGACUGCCAAUCUGGAUCCUCGACCCCUGCUUGUACACGGACCUUAACGCCUCUCUCCAUCCCUCAGACCUCUGGUAUGUUUUACGGACUUUCUCCAGCCUCACCCCAUUGGACUUCUUGACUUAUUAUUCAACACGCAUGUACAACAAACCUCUGGUAACAUUGACAUUGUUUAAUUCUUCACAUAGUCCUGCUUCGCACACAUCCAGUAGCAUAAACACUCCUCCGCUUCAUCAAGCUCAAAUAAACCUGUUGAGCUUUAGCUCUGUGGUGGUGUCGUCUCCUUCCCCUGUCGAAUGUAACAUAUCCAUCACUUUGUACGUACAAAAAUCAAAUAACCAAAUGUAUAGGUAAUGAUGUAAUGAUUACACUUUUAUAUUUUUAACUUCACUGUUCCAAGCGGCCCUCUGAGGGCAGCCAGGACUGCGAUGUGGCCUUCCAUGAAAACAAGUUCGACACACUUGUCUCAGGAGAUUCAUAGCUGAGAUGUCAAUAUCAAAAUAUUGCUUUGAAUCACUUUUUGGCAACCAAUCUGCGGUCUCUUCCAAGGUUUCUCAUUUUUCCCAUUGGGUUGACUUUUUUCUUGGACUCCGAGUCGAUGAGGAUGUUGUUGUGGUUCGUGAGACCCUUGAGGCAUUUGUGAUGAAGGGCUACAUAAGUCAACUUUGAAUGAUUAAUCCUAACAUCUUGCAGACGGACUACAAAAACAGCUUGUAAAAGCGACUUUGGAGCAAUAUUUACACAAAAAUGUUGCCAAAGAAUAUUCAAUACAUAUUGUAUUAUCCGGACCAGUGUUUUUCAAAUUUUUUGAGGCAAGGCACAUUUUUUUCAUUAAAAAAUACGGAGGCACACCGCCAGCAGAAAACGUUAAAAAAUUAAACUCCACCAGGUCGUCAGGACUUACUUUGAGUUUGUUAGUGUUUUCCUGUGUGCAGUGCUUUAGUUCUUGUCUCUGCGCAGUUGUUUUGGUUGCCCUUCCUGUUUUGUUGGUGUUUUCCUGUAGCAGCUUCAUGUCUUCCUUUUGAGCGCUAUUCUUCCCACCUGCCCCUUGUUAGCAAGCAAGACUAUUGAAGUUGUUGCUAUCCUUCUUUGUGUGGACUUUGUUGAUUGUCAUGUACAAAUGUACUUUGUGUAAGCUUUUGCUGUUGUCCAGCAUUUUGUUUCUGUUUACUUUGUAGCUGGUUCAGUUUUACUUUCGCUUUGCAUAGCCAUUGCCUUUUCCUGUCCCUUUUGUUCAUUUUGGUUUAAGCAUUACAUACCUUUUUACCUGCACGCUGCCUCCCGCUGUGGUCUGGGAUCACAACAAACCAUCCUCGUCUCACCCGACACACUCCCACUUUUACAAAGCAAUGAACUACCAGCUGCCACCUACUGACUUGGAGUAUUAGGUGGUUACCCUGCCGAGUUCUACACAGCACAGACACUAAGCAACGGCACAUUAUUUGCAGAUUAUAAUUAUUGGUUUGCAAAAAAUAUUUUUGGGACCAAUUAAGGGAAGUUACGUAAUUUCCCACGACACACCAGACAACCGCGGCACAGUGGUUGAAAAACACUGAUCUCGACCACAGGGAAGUGUUUCAAAUGUAGAAUAAUAUCAUUUUGGGGCCCCUUUAAGGAGCAUAUGGCCACCACCAAAAAGAUGGCCAGACCAAACACUCUUUCUAGUUUAAGUGGAUUACGCUGAGAAAAGCACUUAAUUAGAAAGCACAGAUGCAUGAAGGCCUAAAAGUGUGUCACCUGACCAGACUAUGAGCAGCAGGCGGCUGCUCACAGGGUUAACUGCUGAUUAAGGUCAAACUGGAGACACACACACACAGAAAGAAACAGCUUAAGUAUUAUGAAUCAAUUCAUUGUCACCUGAUAACAGAUACAUGUUGUUAGGAGUCUGCAGAAUGUCAUGACUUUGUCAAAAACGUCAACAUGGAACAAAAUUCAUUGGAGGUGCAGGUUUCAGUCUAUCCUCCUCUCUUGGCCGACGGCUUCUGCGGCUAAUCGUGUUCUUCGAAUCCACGGCUAAACAUGUGGACUUGGGCUGUCCAGAUCACAGGAAGCGGACAGCCUGACACACAACUAACCGAGCCAUCAAGCAGGAAGUUUUGUUUGAGUCACUGUGGAUAUUUCACUGUUUCUUCAAUGUGGAUGUGCAGGAUUUACCUGUAGAAGGAGUUCUUUGCCUGUUUAUUACAGCGUUGGUAAAAAGACCGAAGUGGAGCAAGCCAAAGUGUGGCAGUGAUGGACGCCGAGUGCCAGGAAUGGAGUGAGAGUGAGGAAGGCUCCAACUCAGAGGAAGAGGAGACAACUUAUGGGGAAAGUUCUGCCCUUGAGCCAGGCUGCCACCCCCGGCUGGACACAGACAUUGAGACAGUGAGGAGUCAGUAUUCAGAUAGUGCCAUCUCUACCAGUGAGUAGCAAUCUGUUGAUGACGUGGACGUGGAUUUGAAGAUUAGAGCCAACAUUUUGGAUGAGGAGGUGACCAAGGCUUGGAGCGUCGAUCCAAGCGAGCCCAUCAUUGUGCGUCUUCACUUUUCGUUGUCUCAGUAUCUCGAUGGACCAGAACCCACAGUUGAAGUCUUCCAGCCAUCAAAUAGAUAUCAUUUCAACCUUGGAAAAAAACUCCAGAGCGUUCUUGCAUCCUUCAUAUCUCGUGAGUGGCAACACCUGACCAAUGACACCACGAUGGUUCAUCAGAAGAGAAAGCACAGCUGGUUCAGGCCUGGCGGAACCAUCAAGAAAUGUCGUGCAAAACUCAGCAUCUGGCUGCCGUUGUCAAAAUCGAGAACACUCCAAAGCUGCAGCCAGAGGGGACGGAUUGUCUUGCCUGGCUUGAAAUGGAACCGUUUCACCAAUCGCACGACUUCAUACAACAUUAAGAAUCCAUCGGGAGAACUUUUCACUCACACAUCCAGUGGAAAGAGAGUGAUGGUCGCAGGAGUGAAGUCCUCACCUCACCUCAGCACCAAGCAGCUGAUAGAGCUGAUGUUCUUCUCUCAGGCCAUCAGACAGCGGAAGACUUCCCCGACUCUGCCGCACGGCUUCUUGCUGUAGGUUCUGAAAUAUGCAGAGCAGAGGAUGUUAACUUUGAAGGAGUACUGCUUGGUUUGUGAUGAGAGGCACGUUCUUCAGAGUGGCCCCAUGUUGAAGCCCGCAGUGUGCAGCAGAGAACUCUGUUUGUUUUCCUAUCACACCAUGGGAGUGAUGUCAGGAGCCUCGGAGGAAGUGGCCAGCGGUGCUCAGGUGGUCGACCUGCUGGUGGCGCUGUGCAGGACGGCGCUACAGUCCGCACGCAAGGAUAUCAUAUUUCAACCAUACCCGUCUGUUGUCCAUCCAAAGAACCCCAAAAUUCUGGCCUUCAGUCCAAAAAGAAAGAGCUAUGCUAGGCUAGAAAAAGCCUUAGACAGCGUCCUGUUAAUUCGGAGGAUGGCACAGGGUCCAAAUUCUGAAAUUAGAAACCAGAUGGACAGGAUAGACCCUCUUGCAGCUCCUUUACUACAGUGGAUUUUAUCGAGCAACAGAUCCUACAUUGUCAAGCUUCCAGCCAACAGGCAGCUGCCGUUCAUGCACACUCCCCACCAGUUCCUGCUCAUCAGCAGCCCCCCCAACAAAGAGGCUCGCUUUCAAAGUGCCCGCAAGCUUCAUGGGAGCACCUUUGCUUUCCAUGGUUCCCACAUCGAAAACUGGCAUUCUAUUUUAAGAAAUGGACUUGUUAAUGCCUCCAAUACAAAGUUUCAGAUGCAUGGAGCUGCUUAUGGCAAAGGCAUCUAUUUAAGCCCCAUUUCAAGCAUAUCAUUUGGAUAUUCUGACAUGGGUAAGGGACAACACCAGGUACCAACCAAAGAAGAACUCAUGGGAAAAUAUAAUCGAAUAAACAAAGUCCAAAAGGAUCCCCCUGGCAGGUUUCUGCAAAGCAGGAACCUCAACUGUGUUGCACUUUGCGAAGUAAUAACAACAAAGGACCUUAAGAAACACGGCAACAUCUGGGUGUGCCCGACACCUGACCACGUGUGCACCCGUUUCCUUUUCGUGUAUGAAAACGGUUGCGUGGGCGAUGUGCACAUCAACACUCAGGACGCCAACAUUCAUAGCCAGAUUUUACACGUCACUGCGACCGAGCCAAGCUGAAAACAAUGGCCUCGUUAUUUGUGUUGUGUUAGAGAGCAGGAACUCCACAUACUCUAUGCUAUAGUUUACACACACAUGCCAUGGAGUGAAGAACAGUAAGAAAAAUGUGUGUUCCCUGCCAAUUGUAGGUAGAUUCCUCUUUUUGGACGGAUAAAGAAAACCAAAUGUCCACCACAAAACUUUAUUUUCAGGUUAUAAAUCAGUGAUUCUCAAACUGUGUUACGGCUACCACUGGUGACUCAAUUAAGUGUUUUAUUUCCAAUAUUCCAACACACCGUUCAAACUGUGUGUAAUGUUACAC